CUCUCAGUGGCAGUAUUAUCAGUCUAGUUUCAACCUACUUCUACAGUGGACAAUUCAGUACACGACUAGUCAUUUCAAGUGGGUGUUAUUCGGUACUGUACUGUACAGUGAUCAGUUAAAAAUGGAUUCAGAGUGUGGUGAUGAAUUUCAUCAUUUCGCCACAGACGCAAUCCAUGCAGGGUAUAAACCAAGUGAUAGCCAGUCUAAGGCCGUCAUUCCUUCAAUCUGUCUGUCCACAGUGUUCAAGUUGGAUGAGCCGCAAACAGGGACGGAAUUCGUUUAUUCAAGAACUCAUAAUCCCAGUAGGAAAAUUUUGGAGCAAGCUUUAGCAGCGAUCGAAGGCGCCAAACAUGCUUUCUGCUUCGCCUCCGGUCUUGGGGCUGCAACAACCAUGACGUAUCUUCUACAAAGUGGAGACAACAUUGUGUGUGCGUCAAAUAUUUAUGGAGGUACCUUCUGUCUUUUGUCUGAAAUGCUGCCUAGAUUUGGCGUCCAAACAACGUUUGUGGACUUCACGAAGAUGGAGUCUCUGGUAGCAGCAUUGAAGGACAAAAAGCCAAAGAUGGUUUGGUUUGAAAUUGUUACGAAUCCUACACUACAUAUAAUAGACGCCAGAGCAGUCAUCAAAUCGACCAGGGAUAUUGUUCCGGAAGCGAUUAUUAUCGUGGAUAAUACAUUUCUGACACCAUAUUACAGUAAACCAUUGGACCUUGGUGCUGAUCUGGUUCUUCAUUCCUUAACAAAAUACAUCAAUGGGCAUAGUGAUGUUGUGAUGGGAAGUCUUGCUCUCAAUGACGAUUCCAUGGCGAAGAAGUUUAGACGUUUCCAAAACAAUCUCGGAAUAAUCCCGUCUCCCUUCGACUGCUAUCAGGUCAACCGUGGUUUGAAGACUCUACACAUUCGAAUGAAGCAACAUGACAAGAAUGCUUUAGUAGUGGCGGAGUUUUUAGAGAAACACCCGAAAAUAGAACGAGUUCUCUAUCCAGGACUGGAAUCUCACCCACAACACCACUUGGCCAGGACUUUGAUGAAGGGCUAUGGCGGAGUCAUCAGUUUUUACGUCAAAGGCGAUUACCAGCACACAAGGCGGUUUUUGAAAUCGCUUAAGGUGAUCACACUUGCAUUCAGUCUUGGGUCAUUUGAAAGUCUCGCAGAGUUUCCUGCUACCAUGACUCAUUCCACUAUGAGUCAAGAAGAAAGACUUAAAAUCGACAUCACAGACAACUUGGUCCGUCUGUCCGUCGGGCUGGAGAGUGCAGAAGACAUCAUAGCUGAUCUGGAUGAAGCACUAAAGACUAAAUGAAUUGUAAACAACACCAAUAGACUUGGAUGGAAAGUAAUGUUCAGACAGUAAUGUUCAGAUGCCAGUACAAAUCAAUUACAUCAUGCAAAUGCAAUAUCCCACUCUGGACGAGCAUCCAACUUUGAAAUAAAAUGACUCCGUGACAUUGUAUUGCACUCAUCCCAUAUAAAAUAGCAGUGAACUUAAUAUUCUAUUUAUUACCAAAGAACAGUGUGUGUAAACAUGCAAAAAUUUGAUGUAAAUAAAUAAGUAUGAUUUCCACUUUAAAACUCUGUGACAAGAACCAUAGCAAUAUUUGUGAAAGUAGAUCACUAUUUAUGAAUCUAAUUUUUUU